CUUGUCAACUGUCAAGUGGACUAUUUUGGAUGCAUCGAAAUGUGAAGGUCUUUCUAGAAUGAGACAGUAUUUUUCUUUAUAGCAUUAUUUAAUUGUUAUUAAAACUUUCAAUUAUAUUAUUUAUCUUAACUCAGCUCCAUUAAACCGAAAUGGCUAAUAUGUUUGGUCUUAUUGUUUCAGGACGUUUAGUGCAGACGGAUUUCACGCCGGUUUCUGAAACAAGUUUGAUCACGACCAUUUUGGAUGUAGAUUCUAUAAACCAUGCGGUUGUGUUCCUAACUGGUACGACGCCGCUGCCGGCGGGCACGGCGGCCGUCGUCUAUUGGAGCUGGCCGGACCCCAACGCUCCUCCCAACUGGCAGCCUCUAGGACACAUCUCCAACGCCAAACCCUCGGCUAUAUUUAAAAUAUCAAACUUAAAAAAACUACAUGAACUCUCAAGUGAAAAUAAAUUUAUGGGUGCUUUUGGAAAUCAACAAAUCUGUAACAAUGCUCAAAUUGGAAUAUCAAUAGAACCUGAAGCCAAUGUCCAUAUGCUUCCAAACUCAGAUGCCCAGCAGUUGAACUCUUAUGUCACCUUCGCCCAAAAGAUGCUGGAAAGUCUAGUUAAUUUUGUGGCCUCAUUCUCAGUAACUCAGGAACAGAUGACCCCUACUCCUGGUGUUUCCUACAUCCCUCUCACCACCCUGCACACUUGGUACCAGAACUUUGAACGCAGACUUCAACAGAACCCAAACUUUUGGAAGAACUAACACACUACAGGGAUCUUGAUGCCAGUAUUAUAAACGGCCAAUAGUAAUUACUAUCCCAGCCCUUUUUAAUCCAAAUUGACAUAUUGACAGAAAAUAUUAGUUAAACAUGCUAGUAUGACAUAUUGAAAGCUGGUCUCUGAUUCACACUCAAAGCUAAUGCACUUCACUUACAUUGUCAUUAUAUAUAUUUAUUCCGACGUACUCCUGCGGUCACGGCGGAGUUAGCGGCUAAGUACAAUUUUAAAUAUAAGUCUAAUGUUUUAUUCCAAUUUGUAACAAAUAUGAAGAAUUUAUCAUACAAGUGUUUGUGAGUGCUAGUAAUGAAAGAAUUUUAUUUUCUUCUCUGUGCCGGUAGUUCAAGACAGUCUGCAUGUGUAUAUUGUGUUGACUUGAUGUAAUCAGCUUUUUAUAAAAUGUAGUAUACUUAGAUUUUUUUAAUCUAUAAUCUAUGUCAGUAACUGUCAUUCAGCUCACUGUAGACUACAACAGCACAAGCUGCAUGUAGCUUACUUCGGUAGGCGCCGUGCUGUGUUGAAGCAUAACAAUGAAUGUAAUGUUAAGUAAAGCUUAUACAGGAUCUGUGUGGAAAUAUAAAGUCAACAAGUGA